UGAACAUCAGGGUAUUUUAUAGUCAGUCAGUUACCCCCCCACACACACACACAGUCCUUUCUCUCCUCCUUUCUCCUGUGCUAUCCUAGAAUCCAGGAUAUCAGCAACAAUGCCUCUGUUGAAACUUGCAGAAGACCACAUGCCCCAAAAGAGAAUCACCACCACCUCCAACUUAUUGCCAAGUUAGGAACUGAGGAAAAGAAAUGAGGCUGUGAUUUAUGAAAGGAAACACAGUCUCUGUCUCAGAAGAAAGAAGAUCCUAAACUACACAAUUACUUCUCAGAACUACGUAGAUCACUUGUUCUUUUUGAACUUGAUGAAGCAAUGCGUAACUUUGCUGAAAAAGUGUUUGCCUCUGAAGUCAGAGACGAAGGAGGUCGUCAUGAGAUUUCCCCUUUUGAUGUGGAUGACAUUUGUCCAAUUUCUCAUCAUGAGAUGCAAGAACACAUGUUCCACCUGGAAGCACUGUCCAUUACCACAGAAGGCAGGAGGAAAAAACGUUUCCUUGGACGGAAGACUGUAAAUUUAUCUGUUCCACAAAAUGAAACAUCUACCAAACUAUCCUACAUCGAAGAAUAUAUUUCCUCCUCUCCAGCCUAUAAGAAAGUGCCUGACUUUCAGAGAGUACAGAUCACUGGUGAUUAUGCCUCUGGGGUUAUGGUGGAAGAUUUUGAAAUAGUUUGCAAAGGUCUGUAUCGGGCCUUAUGUAUACGGGAGAAAUAUAUGCAGAAGUCUUUUCAGAGAUUUCCUAAUACUCCUUCCAAGUACUUGCGGAACAUUGAGGGUGAGGCGUGGGUAGCAAAUGAGAGCUUCUAUCCAGUCUUUACCCCUCCUGUGAAGAAAGGAGAAGACCCCUUUAGAACAGAUGACCUCCCUGAGAAUCUGGGCUAUCACCUCAAAAUGAAGGACGGGGUAGUUUACAUCUAUCCUAGUGAAGAAGCAGCCUGCAGAGAUGAGCCUAAGCCACUGCCUUACCCAAAUCUGGAUGCCUUCCUAGAUGAUAUGAAUUUUUUGCUUGCUUUAAUUGCCCAAGGACCUGUUAAGACCUAUACCCACCGGCGCCUGAAGUUCCUCUCCUCCAAGUUCCAGGUCCAUGAAAUGCUCAAUGAGAUGGAUGAAUUAAAGGAGCUGAAAAAUAAUCCCCACCGAGACUUUUAUAACUGCAGGAAGGUGGACACCCAUAUCCAUGCAGCUGCUUGCAUGAACCAGAAACACCUCCUGCGCUUUAUUAAGAAAUCCUACCAAGUAGAUGCUGACAGAGUGGUCUAUAGCACUAAGGAGAAAAAUCUAACUCUAAAGGAACUUUUUGCUAAGUUAAAAAUGCAUCCCUAUGACCUGACAGUGGAUUCUCUGGAUGUUCAUGCAGGACGCCAGACAUUUCAGCGUUUUGAUAAGUUCAAUGACAAAUACAAUCCUGUAGGAGCAAGCGAACUGCGAGACCUUUAUCUGAAGACAGAUAAUUACAUUAAUGGGGAGUAUUUUGCCACUAUCAUCAAGGAGGUAGGUACUGACCUGGUGGAGGCCAAGUACCAGCAUGCAGAGCCCCGCCUUUCAAUCUAUGGCCGAAGUCCAGAUGAGUGGAGUAAACUCUCUACCUGGUUUGUCAGCAACCGCAUCUACUGCCCCAACAUGACAUGGAUGAUCCAGGUGCCCAGGAUCUAUGAUGUGUUCCGAUCUAAGAAUUUCCUCCCACACUUUGGAAAGAUGCUGGAGAAUGUUUUCAUGCCAAUAUUUGAGGCUACCAUCAACCCCCAGGCUCACCCAGACCUCAGUGUCUUCCUCAAGCAUAUUACUGGCUUCGACAGUGUGGAUGAUGAGUCCAAACACAGUGGCCACAUGUUCUCCUCCAAGAGUCCCAAGCCCCAGGAAUGGACAAUGGAAAACAAUCCAUCUUACACUUACUAUGCCUACUACAUGUAUGCAAAUAUUGUGGUUCUCAACAGCCUCAGAAAGGAACGAGGCAUGAAUACAUUUCUGUUCCGACCACACUGUGGGGAAGCUGGUGCACUCACCCAUCUCAUGACAGCAUUCAUGAUAGCAGAUAAUAUCUCUCAUGGCCUGAAUUUAAAAAAGAGUCCUGUGUUACAGUACUUGUUUUUCUUAGCCCAGAUUCCCAUCGCUAUGUCGCCAUUAAGUAACAACAGUCUAUUUCUAGAAUAUGCCAAAAAUCCUUUUUUAGAUUUCUUGCAGAAAGGGCUAAUGAUCUCACUGUCUACAGAUGAUCCGAUGCAAUUUCACUUCACCAAGGAACCUCUAAUGGAAGAAUAUGCCAUUGCUGCACAAGUCUUCAAGCUGAGCACAUGUGAUAUGUGUGAAGUGGCAAGAAACAGUGUUCUUCAAUGUGGAAUUUCUCAUGAGGAAAAAGCAAAGUUUCUGGGCAGCAAUUACCGUGAGGAAGGCCCUAUGGGAAAUGAUAUCCGGAGAACAAAUGUAGCCCAAAUACGCGUGGCCUACCGCUAUGAAACCUGGUGUUAUGAACUUAAUUUAAUUGCUGAGGGUCUCAAAUCAACAGAACAAAAUGAAUAAAAUAAGUAAAUAAAUU